AUGAAAAAGUCGACCUCCGGGAGGUCGGAUGUAAGCCGCUCCGGGAAGAAAACGAAUGCGGUGCAAACGAACUAUUUGCAUCAGUCCGGUGACGGUGACGAUCGCGGAAGUGCACCAGUGCGGGAGGUGUGCAACGUAGAUGCAAGAUCCGGUAGUGCUCGUUUCCUGUUGGACGUACUAGUGAACGGGAAAAACAUUCGGUUCGAAGUGGACACUGGAUCGCCGGUCAGUAUCGUAAGCGCGAAAUGCAAAGACAGAUAUUUUUCUGGACUACGAAUGCGUGAUUGUAGCACAAAUCUCGUGAGCUACUGCGGAACCAGUAUCGAAGUACUGGGUAUAAUCGACACGCGGGUUCAAUACGGCGGUGGAAAAGUUACGUUACCGUUAUACGUUGUGCAAUCCGAAAAACAUCCACUUCUCGGGCGCGAGUGGUUAAAUACGAUUCCGAUCGACUGGAACACCGUGUUCCACAAUCGCGGCGCGGUGAAUGCGAUUUCGAAUGCUACUCCCUCGCGCACGGCUGCUCUCAAGCAGAUACUGGAAAGAUUUCCGAAAGUGUUCGACGACUCCAUCGGGAAGAUCUGUAGUGUUCAAGCCAGCCUACCGUUGAAGAAGAAUGCCAGGCCGGUGUUUCUGAAGGCGAGGAAGAUUCCAUUCAAUAUACAGAAGACGGUGGAAGAUGAAUUAGACAAGCUUGAAGCAGAAGGUGUGCUAACGAAGGUAAACCAGAGUAACUGGGCUACGCCGAUCGUUCCAGUGAAGAAGUCCCAAGGCCGUGUGAGAAUUUGUGGGGACUAUAAACAAACGGUCAAUCCAAAUCUUCUCGUAGACCGCCAUCCACUGCCUACGGUGGAUGAACUUUUCGCGUCGUUAGCUGGAGGACAGAAAUUUUCCAAAAUUGACCUCGUGCAAGCAUAUUUGCGGCUUGAAGUAGCCCCGGAGGACAGGGAAAUACUUACCUUGAGUACGCAUCGUGGCUUGUAUCGUCCAAACCGACUCAUGUACGGCGUCGCGUCGGCGCCAGCAAUCUGGCAGCGUCAGAUAGAAGUGAUUCUACAGGGAAUCGAGGGAGUGCGAGUGUUUCUCGACGAUAUAAAGGUCACGGGACCGAGCGAUGAAGUGCAUCUUCGGCGUUUAGAAGAGGUUCUCCUGAGGCUAGACCAACAUGGUAUUCGAGUAAAUAAAGAGAAGUGCGUAUUCUUUGCGGAGCAGAUCGACUAUUGCGGAUAUGCCAUCGAUAAGGAAGGAAUCCAUAAGAUGCAAGAGAAGAUUACAGCGAUUCAAGACAUGCGUCAGCCCAAGAACAAGGACGAAGUCCGGUCGUUCGUUGGCCUGAUUAACUACUACGGAAGAUUCUUUGAGAACCUCAGUACGGUUCUUUAUCCUUUGAACAACCUUCUGAAAAAUGAUGUGCCGUUCAAGUGGACAAGGCAGUGCGAAGUAUCAUUCAGAACCGUGAAGAAACAAAUGCAGUCGAAUAGUUGUCUUGUUCAUUAUUCGCCGGAACUACCGUUGCUUCUUGCAACCGAUGCGUCACCCUAUGGUGUUGGUGCGGCGCUUAGUCACCUAAUGCCGGACGGAACGGAGCGUCCGAUACAAUUUGCUUCUCAAACGCUCAACCGAGUUCAACAAAAGUACAUGCAAGUUGACAAGGAAGCUUAUGCCAUCAUUUUCGGCGUCAAAAAGUUCUUCCAAUUCUUGUACGGCCGGAAGUUCACGCUUAUCACUGACAACCAAGCAAUAUCCAAAAUAUUUGGAGAACACAAGGGGCUGCCGGUAAUGUCCGCCAUUCGAAUGCAACACUAUGCAACAUACCUGCAGUCGUUCGACUAUGAGAUCCGUUUCAGGAAGUCUUCUGACCAUGCUAAUGCAGAUGCAAUGUCCCGAAUUCCUCUGGAUGAAGCGGAUCCGGACAAUUUGAUGGAGGAAGCUGAUGUCAUCGAGUUGAACCAAAUUGAAACACUGCCGCUGACUGCUGCAGAACUUGCCCAGGCCACAGCUGAAGAUAAGACGGUGCGGAAUAUCAUCCAAGGGUUCAAGUAUGGACAACCAGUGGAUGGUAAGGAACGUUUCGGAGUGGAUCAGACCGAGUUCUCACUCCAGAAAAGUUGUUUGCUACGCGGUAUACGGGUCUAUGUUCCACCUGUGUUACGAAGAAGAGUGCUGGAAGAAUUGCAUUGUACCCAUUCCGGUACGACACGAACAAAGUCCUUAGCCAGAGCCUAUUGCUGGUGGGUAGGAAUGGAUCACGAUAUAGAGGAGAUGAUGUCCAACUGUGCCGAGUGUCAAUCGGUCCGACCUCAUCCAAUAAAAACCAGAAUGCAUUGCUGGGAAACGGUGACGAUGCCCAAGUGGCCGGAGAUUAAAGUGUGCAAGUCUACUACUGCGGAGAGUACGGUGAAGAUGUGUCGAGAAAUAUUCGCUACAUUCGGAAUUCCGUCGGUGCUAGUUAGCGAUCACGGAGUGCAAUUCACUUCGGAGGCGUUCCAACAGUUUUUGCGGAUGAACGGCGUAGUGCACAAAAUGGGAGCUCCGUAUCAUCCAUCGACGAAUGGGCAAGCGGAACGCUACGUGCAGACUUUCAAACAAAAGCUGAAAGCUAUGAAGUGCCCGAAAUCCGAAUUCAACAUGGAGAUCUCGAACAUCCUGCUGACAUACCGGAAGAUGCUGCAUCCUUCCACAGGUCAAUCGCCGUCCAUGCUGAUGUUCGGCCGUCAAAUCCGGUCGAGAAUCGACCUCAUGCUACCGAAGAACGAGCCGACGUCUACGAAGGAUAUUGCAGUACGACUGUUCAAGGACGGAGACCGCGUUCGUGUGCGAGACUUCCUUUCGCGAGACAAGUGGAAGUUCGGGAAAAUCGUGGAGAAAGCUGGUAAACUGCGGUACCUGGUCCGCCUAGAUGACGGAAGAGUUUGGGAACGCCACAUUGACCACAUCGCUGGAGUAGGUGCGCAUUUGCGUGAAGAAUUGGUGAACACUCCUAGGGAGGAGGUGAACACUGAACGAAUGGCCUUUACAGUUCCUGUUUCUGCUCCGGUGGCAACUGCUAUCGAGUCUGCUGGUGAAGUGGCUGUUGCCGCCCUCGAGUUCUGCGGCGACCAGGACGCCCCAAUCAGCAAAUAG